CCUUCAGCUCUUCCUCCACCAUUCCACUAACUCACCACUCGGCUCAUUAGCCUAUCCAGGGCUUGUGCUGUCCUUCUGAUCACCUGAUUCACCCCAGUAGAGUUUCUUGUUUCCAUACCUCGUCUCUUUCAUCUUCGCGUGUCAGCCUCAUAAAAUCCCGAAGCUCCCUAGACUUCCUCUCCCCCAUCUGUUACCGCCAUGACCCCAACGCAGUCCCCGAGCAAUGUAUUCAACAAACCCAGGCAACCUACAUCGCCCAAUGGAACGUCAUCUGGUACUGCUUCCGACCAAACUCCCUCUGCUGAGGUCGAUGAUGUGAACCAGUGCUUCAUCUGCGCUGAGCCAGUCAUGUUCUGGAGUGUAGGCGUAUGUGGACAUAGGACUUGUCAUGUAUGCGCCGUCCGUUUGAGGAGCCUUUACAAAAGAGAGGAAUGCACCUUUUGCAAAACGCCGAUGCCUUCUCUGCUGUUUUCCCGAUCUCCUACCGCUCCGUUCCCCACGGAACAUCACCUCACCCCUUCGCCCGCAGAGCAAAUCGCCGCCGCUUCCGCCAACGCUGAUAAGCUCGAAAAGGGACAGAAGUGGUACACUGGCUUAACGAUGCCUGGUACGCUCGACCUGACAAAGUUCAAAUAUACCGAUGCCAAGCUCGGCCUGGUCUUCGAGGAUGAAGAUAUGAUGGAAGCUACCUUAUUACUCCUGCGAUUCAAUUGUCCCUACUCUGAUUGUCCGUACAUUGCCAAAUCAUGGAAAGACCUCUCGCAUCACACUCUAUCGGACCACGCCUUGGCCAUUUGUAUGAUUUGCGCCCGACAAUUAUCGCGCUUCGCCCAUGAACAAGCGUUGUACCCUCCUCACCUACUUGGUAUUCACAACCCGGAGAAAUUGGCUCGAACGCAAAAGCCACCCAGACCCAGAGGUCAGAGGGAGAUUGAGAUGGUAGCUGGCUGGGACCCUCCUCAUCCGAUGUGUGAAUUCUGCCACGAAGCUUUCUUUGGACCCGACGAGCUAUUCAAACACAUGCGUACGAAACAUGAGGAGUGCGAAGUUUGUAAAAGUCUAGGUGAUCGGGACGUUUAUUUCGAAGACUAUGCUCAGCUCGAAGUACAUCAUCGACAAGAUCACUUCUACUGUAAAGUCCCAUCGUGUAUCGAGAGAAAGUUUGUUGUGUUUGGCUCAGAAAUGGACCUGAGAGCACAUAUGAUAUCAGAACACGGCCAACAAAUGUCGAAUAGAGACCGUGCGAAUGUCCGGACACUCCCAAUCGACUUUGUUAGUCCAUUAGGAAUGCCCGAUGGGCCCUCUCGAGGUCGAAACCAGCAAUCGGCACGAGGUUUUUCUUUCGCAAGAAAUGGCCCCGCACAUCAGCAGGUCCCCUUGGAGGUGCCGAUGAGCCCGGCACAGGCUGAGCAGCAAAGGAGGCAAGUAGAAACCGAUAGAGUGGAGAUGAGCAGAAGACGACGAGGAUUUGAUACCAGUUUGACUGUGCCAGAAUCGCAGACGCGACCUUCAGCGUCGCACACUCCACGGCUCGAAGAAGUGCCAGCGAGUGGAUACAACACUCCCAGGGAGGACGUGGAUGAUGCUGAAGCUGAACGACACGCUGCCCUCCUGUCCCGUGUGUCUAUGCUUGUUGAAGACUCUCCCACCAGAUUAUCUUCCUUCCGCUCUGCUAUUCGACAAUUCCGCAGUUCCGAGUCGUCAGCCAAAGAUAUGGUUGAUUCAAUCUUCAAUAUACUUGACAGGGACGUAGACGCUACGCUGGGAGUAAUGAAGGAAGUGGCCGGACUGUUACAGAAUGACACAGAUGGGGACAAGCAUCGGGCGGUGUUGGAGGCCAUCAACGGGUUCCGAGCUCGGCAAAGGGAGUUAUUCCCAUCUCUUAGCAACCCACCCACUGGAUUGGGCACGAACUACGCGGGUAUCACGUCCGGCAAAAUCCUUCAAGCCAAACGUACCACCCACAUGUCCAAUUCCUCUUCUUCGCGAAAUGUAUGGGACAGAGUCGAAGCUGCUGCGUCAUCUUCCGCAACUCCACUCUCUCGCCCGCCACCGACCAAUGCUCGUACUGUCCCAGGUACCACGGCUUUCAACACGGCAUCAUUUCCCUCGCUCAAUACGCUCGCUUCUUCAUCCAAGGGUCCCUCAAUCUCUACACACUCAACUCCAUGGACAUCAGGCGGUGCUGGAUCAAGUAGCAAAACGCCCUCAGCCUUGGUGAAUACCGUACGACCAGGUCCGAGCAAGCCUAGGAUACAACCCAAACCUGCGCCGAAAUUACAACAAUCUGCAUUUCCAAGCCUACCGAGUAGGGAGAAAGAGGAUAGGAAGGCUUUGUUCAGUAAACCGACCCCGAAACAAGAGAGUCUACGUCGUAUAGUCGGGUCAUCGCCAGCGCCAGUGACCAACGGGUGGGGUAUUGCCAUGACGUCGAUGGCUAAUGGUCUGGCGGACAUGAGCGUGGAAGACAGAGCGGCCGCGGAGGAAGCUAUGGCCGGGGAGGGUGGUACCGGCGGAGGCAAGAAGAAGAACAAAGGAAAACAGUUGCUAUUCAGCGUGUCGACCAGGCCAUCAUGA